CAGGGCUGCUGUCAGUCAGAAAUGGUUGCUCGAGCAUUGACCAUUUUCCAUCACAAUGAACAAGGAGCUUCAUGCCGCCCCCAUCCCUUUCCUCCACCCAAUGACCAAGCAGAGGACCUCCGCUGCAUCACCACGACUUUCCAGUAUCUACAGACUUCAGGCUGGUACUGGCACUCUAUCUCAGCGAGUGAGGCCCGGGAAGCACUCUUCCAACAGUCUGAAGGCACGUUUCUGGUACGGGAUAGCAGUCACCCUCAGUACAUGCUGGCCCUGUCAGUGAAGACCCGUUGCGGACCCACCAGUAUACGCAUAAACUACAGCAGGGGCUCCUUCUGGCUGGACUCCAUUUCCCCCAACCUGCCUCGUCUGCAGUCCUUCCCGGAUGUGGUCAGCCUCAUACAGCACUACAAGGCCUCAGGCCACUCGCCGCGGGACCCGGCGUCUGAUGGCAUCCACCCCCAGACAAAGCCUGAAGCGGCCAAGGACAGCGUGGUGCCUCUAAAGCUGUCGCAUCCCCUGCAAAAACCAGAGGCCUUCCCUUCUCUGCAGCACGUGACGCGCCUCACCAUCAACAGACACGCACACUGCCCAGACCAGCUGCCCCUCCCAAAGACUCUGCUGCGCUACCUGCAGGAGUACCCUUUCACCAUAUGAAGGCGUCUGUCCCUCAGGCGCAGGACACAGAGACAGGGACGUGGGUCAGUGACCACACGCCGUGAAUCUGGGACAGUUUGACACCCACAAGCAACAGUGGGAGCAUGUUAAAAUGAAUGAGCUCAGUCUCACUACAUUGAUACUGUCAAAAACAUGAUUAUGAGUAUUAGUUACAUGGGUGUUUCUAUGUUUUAGACCAGCGGUCCCAAUUGUUUACAGCACAGCACUAAUAAAAUAGUGAAGACAUAGCUGGUUGCUUUGUUGUAACUGAGAUCUCAUUCAAAAUAAGUUAGAUUUUUGUCUGUUUUCUUUGCAUUGGAACUCAGUAUGUGAGACUGGAGGUUUGCAAAGUAAUGUAUAUUUACUCUUCAUGAAAUCAAUGGAACUGAUGAACUGCAGCAAAGUCAACAGUGAUACACUGGGUACAAUGAAUGAAUGAAUGUCUGCACACUGUUAUUAUUAUUAGACAAUGAUUAGUUCUGCAAGAACCUCCUCCUGCCAACAGUGAUCUCAUGUAACAUUCUUUGGGCAAUAUUACGGUCAUCACAAAAUCUCUUAAACGUCAAUGUUACCUUUUUUUGUGAACAGACAUGCCAUGAUACAUCAUAUGUUGUUUUUUGUACACAAAUUAUUUGUUUCCAA